AUGGCUACACCAACGAGGCCUACAGUCGCUCGGCAAGUCUCAAGAGUGCCAGGCGGCUUCGACACCGAUGAAGACCUAUCUCCCAUUAAGACAUCUUUCGAUCAUGACGAUUUUGAGCGUCAUGAACCUCAUUUGCAGUCGCAGGCAACAUCCGUUACGCAAACACACCCCGGAGAUGACAGCCUGAAUGCGCCGAGCGACGACGGCAGAAGUAUGAUGGCCGGAGAAGGGGAUACAUUCCUGCAAGAGAAGGAGAUGCGGAUGCGGCUUGAGGAUGUAGAUUCGACGUUCCUGCCAGAGGUGUCCCCAGCUGCGCAUACAAGAACAGACGACUCCGCGGACUUCAGCCAGCAUCAUCCCAAUUCGUAUGCUGCGACGGUCCAACAAGCGAGCGAAGAGAACUACAAGCAGUCCAUGGACCCGUUUCGCGGGGACCAGGAUACUAUGACGCAUUCUCCUGCUACACCGCCCGAACUGUAUCAGACUCCAGCUCCGGGGCGUGAGGAACUACAAUCAAGGGGUUUUUUAGACACAGAAAUUGAUCACGGGCACUACAACACCUCUUCACUCGAAACUAUGUCUUCUUCGCCAACCGCCGCGGCCGCUGCUCGUACAGUGUCUCGCGCAGCAUCCAUGGCUUCAAUGGAUGGAGGAUAUGAGACGGCAGACGACAGCAAAGGUGGCAUAGCGUUGGAGCAGUCGAGCCCAGGGGCAGAGACCGAUGAUCACCCAACUCCUCGGAAAUUCCGAGUCGUAUCUGCCUCAUCAUCGCGCGCAAGUUCACCAACUCCAACAAAGCCUUCAGAACCACCAGAAAACGAUGAAGCCACCGAUGAUCUAGGCUCAAUGCGAUCUCAGAAGAGGCCCAAAUUUUUCAGCAGCCGCAUGGCAAGCCAAAGCUCCUCUUACUCUUCUUACACAACUACAUCUACAGAAGGUGGAAGUGAGGUGACAGUGGGGGCAGAUUUCGCGUUGCAAUCUGGUGGUGCUGUACCUCAGGGCUCUCUUAGUAGCAGACCCUCAGAUUUCUCCAGGACCAUCAGUCUGGGCAGUAUGGCAUCUGGCAUAUCAGACCUCAGUGAUCGCGAAGAUAGGAUAAGACCAACAGAGAGGGAUCUGCACACCUUGGAGGAAGAGGAUGAUACUGCGGGAGAAGACACAUUGAAGGCAGGAGGACACGAUCACAUAGUACCGCAGACGCCUAGAGCCACAAGCAGAAGCAUCAACACGCCAACUGACACCGUGAUUGCACAGCAUGUACGAGAUAUCGAGGUACCAGCAACUAUGGCUCGAGAGUACAGAGAUAGCCACGGGCAGCCGUCGCCCGAGAAGAGACAUGGCGCUCCUACUCCUUCCGCGCGUGGCGGCAAAAGCCUGACUCUUAAAGAACAAAGUAGCACCAUCGACCGUUUGAUGAAAGAGAAUUGGGAUCUCAAGCUGAAGAUCAAUUUUCUUGACGAUGCAUUGAGCAGGAGGUCAGACGAAGGUGUCAAGGCCAUGAUCUCCGAGAACGUUGAUCUCCGGACGGCCAAAUUUAAGUCUGCAAAGGAGAUGCGAGAACUCAAGCGUACCAACCGAGAGCUAGAGCGAAAGCUGCAGGAGAAGAUAGAUGAGCUCGCGAAAAAAGCAGAAGCACCUAUUCCCGAGAAGAUUGAAACCGGUCCAAGUUCCGAGGAUUUCCAGUUCAUGGAGAACGAAUUGACUUAUUUCAGGGAGCGAGUGAUGACUUACGAGGUUGAGGUUGAAAAGAUGCGUCAUGAAGGUUUUGCCCAGGAAAGGGAGAAGAACAGACUCGCUGAGAUGCUGAAGCGGGCUAGCGAAUCCAAUGGAGCCGCUGACAUUGGCGUUCAUGAAGAAGUUGACAUGUGGAAGGACCUUCUCGAUUCCGAGACUGCACGUCGAGAGCAGGCAGACGAAGAUAAUGCUAGACUCCGAGACGAGAUUCGACGACUGAAGAGUGAUGCUUCCUCGACGACCACCAACAACCACGCUGCAAAUGUCUACCAUGUCAACCGACGGGAGAAGAAAUCAUCUACUCUCUCUUACAACGACAUCUCAGACCACCAGCAAGAUCGCAACGGUGGCAGUAGCACUGUAAGCAGCACCCUUGUGGAGCAACUGAGACACGAAAACGCCGAGCUACGUCGCGAGGUUGGUGCGCAGACGUCGAUGCUUACUUCCCGCAACCGAGAGAAAGAGCGCCUGUACCAGGAGAUUGAAGAUCUGAAGCUUGGCUCACGCCAUGGAACGCGCUCAAUAGCUGGAGACAGUAUCUUUGAGCGGUCAGCAUCUCGUGCUCACGGUCGUCCGCCUUCUCGAGCAAGUGAUCAGACUCGCACAACUCAGUUGAGUGAUGCUGAGCGCGACGCUUACGAAUUCAAGAAUGGCCAACUGCGUGAUCAGAAUGCUGGACUGAAGCUUGAGAUUCAUGAUCUGACAAAGAAGCUUGAAGAGCUGUUGGAUGAGCUUGAGCAACUUGAUGCUGUCAAGCUCGAGCAUGAGGAUCUCAAGCAACUUUACGACAAUGACGUUGGCCUGGCUACAGAAGAUCUAAAGACAAUGCAAGCCGAACGAGAUGAGGCUCUCAGGCUACAGGAGGACAUGGAAGCUGAACUGCAAGAUCUGAAAGCCGAAGGCAACGAACGAAUAGGUGCUCUAGAGGAGGAGAUCGACCAGAAGACUCGAGAGCUACAACACCUUCACAAUGAGCUUUCAAAUCACGCGGAAGAUUCCGAAGCGCUACGCAAGGAAGUUCGAACACUUAGUGAAAGCAUUCUUCGAGUAGAAGAGGAGAUUGAAGGGAAGAGCAAACGGGUUCGAGACUUGCAGCUCGAGCUCGAGGAACUCAGCCACGAAGCAGACUCCAUGGACAAGGACUUGCGAGAGGAACGGGACAAGAUUAACAAGCUCACAGUCCAACAAGAGUCUGGCCAGAACGAGAUUUCAUUUCUACGGGAAGAGCAAGAUGGCGAUAAGAUCAAGAUUGGUGACCUUGAGGAUGCCCUCAAUAACCUCAAGGCCAGCCUGUCCAGUGAGAAGGACCGUGUCUUGGACUUGGAGACGAGAUUGGCCGAGGAACGGCACCAGCGGGAAGUCAUUGGUGGAAAAGAAAAGCAGGAGGUGCAGAAGAUGACCAAUGAUCUCAACCACGAGUUAUCAUCUGCCCAGGAGGAGUCCAGAAAGGUGAAGAAGAGCCUUCAGUCGCGUGAGAUUGAGGCUACAUCCUUGAAGGAGAGACUGACGGAGCUCGAGAGCCAUCUACGAGAAGUGCUCGGCGAUCCGAGUGGAACGAGAUCAUCCUUCAUUUCUUCAAUCACAAGGCUGCAGAAAGACCUGGAGACUACAGCAACAGAGCUAGAGACUGCCCAGCACAACCUAUCGGAGAAGGACCGUCUUCUCAAGAACCGGGACGCCCUCCUGGAAAGCCACGGUCUAGAAUCGAAAAAGCUCUCCGAGCUCCUCGACCGCGAGCGUCAAGGUCGCCGUGCGGACAAAGCCCAACACGAGCAAUGGCAGAAGACACAUCAACACACCAGCCGCACUGUCUCCCAAAAGGACACUCGCAUCACCGAACUCGAAACCUCGCGUCAAUCGGACCGCAAGAAACUCUCGACCCUAGAGUCCCAGUUCAAAGACCAGCUCGCAGAACGCAACACUCUCCUCCUCACCCUUUGGACCCGUGUCUCCGCCAUCUGCGGCCAAGACUGGCAACACCAGAACUCCCUCGUCAACAACCAUCUCCCUACCCUCGACGUCAUCAACAACUCCUCCAUGCUCCCCACUUUCAGCAAAAACCUCCUCAACGCCGUCAAAAACAUCGAAGGCACAAUCAUCGGCUUCCAAGCCCGCAUCCGCGCCAUCGAGCGCGAACUUUGGACCGAAUACCAGUCCGUCGAAAACACCCUCGACGCUCGCAUCAAGAAACUGGAUCGCCUAGAAAACACAGUCCAAUCCCACCGCAUCUCCGGCACCUUCACCGCCGCGCCCGAAAUCGCCAAACUAAAGGGCGAAAACCGCCUCCUCAAAUCCGAAAUCGCAGUCCUGCAGAAACAGGAAAUGCACGCCCGCAACGCUUUGAGAGCCGGCAGCUCACGCGCCGCCCCCGACAGCUCCAAUCGCGCGGCUCCUCCGCCGCUGGCGCGCCACCACUCUUCUUCCGCCGUCGAACAUCUCACCAACGCCAUGAACCCCGCCUCCCCCUCCCGCCACGCAUCUUCAUCCCACCUGCCCGCCAACGCCAACACCGACGUCGUCUCCGCGCCCAUGGAGCCCACGCAGCAGCGCUGGAUCCACAGAUUGAGGGAACUGGAGAGGAGGUUGAAGGCGGAGAGGGAGGCGCGACUGCUGGAUCGGAGCGGAGCGAGGAAGAGGUUGGAGGAGGGCGCGGAGGAGAAUCGGAGGCUCAAGGGCGAGUUGGAGAGGGAGAGGGUGAGGAGGGGCUUGUUGUUGGGUGAUGGUGAUGGUGAUGGUGAUGGCGAGGCGGAGAGGAGGAACGGGCGGGAGGAGGAGAGGGUGAGGGUGGGUUAG